GUAGGUGCCCACUUCUCCCCGUCACAGGAGUUUGCGGAUUAACCACUUCGCACAAGUUGUUUUCCGCAAACAUGAACAUCUUCUUGAAGAUACUUUUGAUCUUGGAUUGUGUCUUUCUAGGGGUUUUCAAAGGACCCCAGGUUGCUACCUGCCAGAGUUUUCCAGAUAUUUAUCCCAACAAGGCAGAAAUAAUCGUCAAGCUUCAUACGUCAUUCAGCUUGAAGUGUUCAGGAGACAAUGAAGUGGACUGGGAGCUGCCAUUCCCCACUGAUUUUGUUACAGAUGUCAAGAAAAAGAGUGAAGAGAAUAACAGUGGGCAGUUUGUGAAAUCACUUGACAUCGAGAAUGCAAUGGGCACAUUUACUGGGAGGUACAUUUGCUAUUAUACUGGAAAACAAGAUGACUACGACGAUAUUCUGGGCCGGGACAUCUAUGUUUUCAUUCCAGAUCCAGAACAUCCGUUUGUCCCAACAAUGUUUGAACAUGUAGUGAUGGCUGCAUUUGGUGACGUUGUGCUUAUUCCAUGUCGUGCAUCUGAUCCAGAGAUCCAGGCCACCCUGUUUAACAUAGAGAAUAACAGCACAGUCUUUGGCAUUUACGACCAUAAGCAAGGAUUCUCCGGUCAUUUCCAAGAGGGAACCUAUACCUGCACCACAACAGUUAAUGGAGUGAAGUAUGAAUCACAAGAAUAUAUUCUUCAUACAUUUAGAGUGGCUGAGACCCUUGAGGUUGAAAUAGAAGCUCCUAAAACAGUAGUGAAAGUGGGUGAACCUAUUUCUGUGACCUGCAUGGUAAUGGAUAAUGAAGUGGUGGAUAUAGAAUGGAAUUAUCCAGGAAAAGAUAAGAGGACUAUUGCCAUUCAAACACUUCGUGAAACAAGAAUACCAAACUUAAAAAUUAUGAAGACCCUGCUCAUUGAGAAUGCCAGUCUGGAAGAUUCUGGAGUUUAUGAAUGUUCUGUGGAACAUGCAACCCAAUUUACCAAUCAAUUGAGGAAAGUUCGCAUCUCUGUCAAUGAUAAAGGUUUCAUCCACUUGAAUCCUCACUUCGGAACACAAGAGUUUGCAAAUCUGCAUGAAGUUAAGCAGUUUGUGGUGGACAUUGAAGCUUACCCAAAACCUACUGUACGGUGGUUAAAAAACAAUGUCACACUGCAUGAAGAGAACAAUGAGGUGAUAACCAACUUGGCGGAUGUGCAGGAAACCAAGUAUCAAAGCAAUCUGACUCUGAUCCGUGCAAAAGAACAAGAUAGUGGAGCUUACACCAUUGUAGUUGACAAUAUCGAUAACAUGACCACUUAUACCUUUGAUUUACAGGUUAAAGUGCCAGCUAAGAUCAUUGACCUUCGCGAUGUCCACCACGGCUCUGCCAAUGGCCAGAUAGUUUCCUGCUUUGUUGAUGGGACACCAAGUCCAGAGGUCGAAUGGCUCAUUUGCACGGAUUUAAAAAAGUGUGCAAAUGAUAGCAUGCUCUGGAACGUGCUGCUCAAUAACUCUAGCGACAUCAGCAUCGAGACAUUUGAGACGAAAGAGCACCAUGUGGAGAGCAAGUUGACCUUUCAGAAAAUCGAUAACACAGUGGCCGUGCGUUGCGUUGCCAAGAAUGAGCUUGCAGCCGUCGCGCGUGAAGUCAAACUGGUCUCUCAUAAUCUACAUUCUGAACUAACGGUGGCUGCAGCAGUUCUGGUGCUGUUAGUUAUUGUGAUCAUUUCUCUGAUAGUCCUUGUCGUGGUUUGGAAACAGAAACCAAGAUAUGAGAUACGAUGGAGAGUAAUUGAAUCUAUCAGCCCUGAUGGACAUGAAUACAUUUAUGUUGACCCCAUGCAACUUCCCUAUGAUACAAGAUGGGAAUUUCCCAGAGAGGGUCUUGUCCUUGGUCGAAUUCUUGGGUCUGGGGCCUUUGGGAAGGUAGUUGAAGGAACUGCCUAUGGCUUGAGUCGCUCACAGCCUGUCAUGAAGGUUGCUGUGAAAAUGUUGAAACCCACAGCUCGAUCUAGUGAGAAGCAGGCACUAAUGUCUGAAUUGAAGAUAAUGACCCAUCUCGGACCACAUUUAAACAUUGUCAAUCUGCUGGGAGCCUGUACUAAAACAGGUCCAAUCUACAUAAUUACUGAAUACUGUUUCUAUGGAGACCUGGUAAACUACCUACAUAAGAACAGAGACAACUUUGUCAGCCGGUACUUUGAAAAAGGCAUGAAGGAAAAGGACAUUUUUGGUAUUAACCCUGCUGAUGAAAGCACAAGAAGCUAUGUGAUUCUGUCGUUUGAGAACAAUGGCGACUACAUGGACAUGAAGCAAGCUGAAAGCACCCAGUAUGUGCCAAUGUUGGAAAGAAAAGACAGUUCAAAAUAUUCUGACAUACAGCAGUCAGUGUAUGAUCACCCACCAUCACACAAGAAGUCACUAACAGAGUCAACUGAGCUUUGGAACCCACUUUUAGAUGACAACUCAGAUGGGAUCAGCUUCAUGGAUCUAAUUAGCUUCACUUUCCAGGUUGCACGAGGAAUGGAGUUUCUGGCUUCUAAAAACUGCGUGCAUCGGGAUCUGGCAGCCCGCAAUGUACUCCUCGCACAAGGAAGGAUUGUGAAAAUCUGUGACUUUGGGCUGGCAAGAGACAUCAUGCAUGACUCCAACUAUGUCUCUAAAGGCAGCACCUUCCUACCAGUGAAGUGGAUGGCUCCUGAAAGCAUAUUCGACAAUCUUUACACAACCUUAAGUGACGUGUGGUCUUUUGGCAUUCUCCUGUGGGAAAUAUUCUCGCUGGGUGGCACCCCAUAUCCGGGAAUGAUGGUGGACUCCAACUUCUACAACAAGAUAAAGAGUGGCUACCGGAUGACGAAACCAGAACAUGCGACUUCCGAUGUCUAUGACCUCAUGGUGAAUUGUUGGAACAGUGAGCCUGAGAAGAGACCUUCCUUCACUCGUCUGGCAGAAAUUGUUGGGAACCUAUUACCGGAGGACUUCAAGAAGAGCUACGAGCAGGUGAACAAUGACUUCCUGAAGAGCGACCACCCUGCUGUUGCGCGGAUGAGGGUGGAAUCUGAUGACACCUACAUUGGAAUCAGCUACACCAACGAGGAUAAGAAGAAGGAUCGGGAGAGCGGAAUCGAUGACCAGAGACUAAGCGCCGACAGUGGUUACAUCAUCCCACUUCCUGACAUCGACCCCAUCACAGACGACAGUGAAACUGCUUCAAUAAGAAACCGACACAGUUCCCAAACUUCUGAAGAAAGCGCAAUCGAGACAGGCUCCAGCAGCUCGACUUUUAUAAAGCGAGAGGAAGAAACUAUAGAGGAUGUGGAAAUGAUGGAUGAUGUAGGAAUCGACCCCUCAGACCUUGCGGAAGACAGCUUUCUGUAACUGUUUGAGAACCAAGUCACUUGUAAAGGGAAAAUAAACUGCACCUUCCUGCAGACAAUAACUUCUGUAUAACCACUUUGUGAGGCAACCCAAGGAGAGAAUGUGAGGAGAGAACUUUGACGAUGUAUUGUAAAAGCAACAUCGGAAAUUCGAGAGCUAUCCUGGGCAAACAGUAUGAUUCCUAUCGUAGUACAUAUCAUGUGCAUAUUUUAGUGCAUUUUUUAUUAUGGUACUCUCUAUAGUGUAUGUGUGAGUGAGUGUGUUUGUGUGUGCACACACUGCCAUUCCAAUGGAUACCAGAAGGCCGUACAAAGUCAGUGUGUGUUUCAAAGGCUUGUCUCUAUGGAGGAGGGCAGUCCUUCCAUUCUGAAAAUUAACUGUAUUGGUUACAUUCAUUCAGUACCAUACAGGGUAAUAUGUGUUGCAUUGCAUCUCGGAUUCUGUAGCAGUCGGAAAGGAAUCAUUACAUAAUGCCAUGUCUUCUGUGUUCAGACCCAGAGUUCACCAUCACUGUAUUCCACAUGUGUUCUCUUAGGUACUUGCUUCUUCCUCCUUAUGAAUGGUGACUUGACUUAUUCCUUUAACAAAGCACAAUUUUUGGAAGUCAUUACAAGUAAAGAGCAUGUUGCAGUACAGCAAGAUUCCACCUCCAAAACUUUAGUUAUCUGUGAAAUUUUCUGCAAAAGCUGCAAAUUAAGACUGUUCACCCGGAUGAAAUAGACUUGACUUGUUUUAACUGGCCUUCGACGAAGAGUGAACCGUGGGAACCAGCAUCAUCACUGGGCCAUGGAUUGAGCCAGAGCCUAAAGCUACCCAACUUUGUUAAUAAUAUGCCAGGACUGAAGAACACCCCAGCCAAGCUCGGCUUGCGAUCAACCAGUUGCACAUCCUCUGUUAUGAAGCAGACUUGGAGCAUGUCAAAAGUAUGGAUAUAAAUCAAUUGCUUUGCUUUUGAAGUGAAGUGAAAAGGAGGGACUUGUCUUUUGUCUGAUCAAGGAACUGAUGGCCAAAUCCAGCAACAGAAGCAAUCUUUGUUCUGAGUACAACUAAAAUGGUACCAAUGCUUGUUGAGAAAGAAAGUCCUUGGGAAAAUCUCUGCCCACUCCACCUCUGUUCCCUGAUGGGGAAGUCAUCAAGCACAUCAUUACAGUAUGUGUAUAAUGUAAAUUAUAUUGCCUCUCUCCAAUACUGUUGGCUUCAAUGCACCUUUAAACCUUGCUGAUUUCAUAGCUUUAUAACUUCUGUGAAGUCAGUAAGAGAAGGGCUCCAUAAAUAGUUAUUCAAGGGGAAGGGUGGAAUUUAAUGGCUUACAAAAUGCAGAACUGAAAUGUAAAAGAAAUCUACAAGUGAAUAUUAAUGUUGAGUUAAAUAUAAAGUCAGCCUGUAUUGACAAAGGUCCUGCUGGCUGCUGUUCCUGUUUUAAUGACUGAUGUAAUAGAUAAUUCCAUUGUAGCAGAUGGUGUAUCUAGUCAUUAAGAGCAGUAUGUUUGGCCAAAUUCCAAUAUGUGGUCCAUGAACUAGAUUAGAUUGUAGUCAACAAAGGAAAGUAUGCCGGUAUUUCCAAAGCUCGGAGUUUGAUAUUUGUAGGCACCAACAAUUAGGUUUUCUGUCUUUGCAUAUGUGCUAAACUUCAGAACAUUCCCAGAACUAGUUGUCAGCUUUUACAUGUUGACAAAUUCAGUUGACUCAAACACUAGCUUUUUGUGAACAACUUUGAAUAAUGACUAUUCCUAUUUUUGUCAAAUCAAAUGAUUCAUUGAAACAUUGCUUCAGACUCAGCAAGGGGUCCCCAACGCAUGAGGAGAGAUUUCACCUUAGACUAGAUUUACCCUAUUUAUGUAGCACUUUUAGGGUGCUUUGGCAAAUAAUAAUAAUAAUCCUUGCAUUGCAGAAUACAGAAAUACAGAAUUUGGCAAAGUAAUAGUAUAGUAAUCUGAGAUAUAAUCCUUGCAUUUGAUACAGAGGCUUAUCAUGUUGUCAAGAUGUCUCAAAGUGAUUCACAGGAUACCCUGUAAAAUGGAUUGUGUGCUGUGUGGCAGCUAGUUUCCCAAUGACAUUCCCACAAACAAUUAUAGAGCGCGUGACCAAUUUUAUCUGAGGGAUUAUUGGGCAAAAAAUCAGGAGAGAGAAACUCCCUUCUCCAUUCAAAUAGUGCUGCAUGAGAUAUUUAAUGUCCACCUGAACAGGCAGAAAGAGGACCUCAGUUUAAACAACUCAUCUGAAGACAUCAUCAUAAAACCCAAUCAAAACAAACCCACUGUUACAAGUUAAUCAAUUGUUGAAUAUAAUCUUAACUUUGAAGUUGAUUUUCUGUAGCUUUAAAUCUUUUUUUNACAUGAAUCCAGGUUCAAAAUUAAGAACGUAGUUAAGAUUUCUGGAUGCUCUAAAGUGCUACGUUAAUAGAAUCAAUUUAGGUGGAAUCUCUCCCCAGCAGUCUUACAUUGUUGAAACACUACAGGCACACAUUUGGUGGACCAAUGUGCAUUAUUUUCAAUGAGCCUUCCCAUCUCCAAAGUGGACUGACUGUCAAUAAUGCCCAGCAUUGUUACCGGGCUCUUAGUUUUGUGUUUUCAUACUUUCUGUUUUUACAAAGCAAAUCCAGCAGGCGGCGCUGUGACAUAUUCCAGGUACAAAUGAGAUCCACCCAAUCCAUAUCAACUUUUUCUUCCUGUGUGUAAUCCGAUUUGUCUCAUAAUGUUUAGGAAAACAACAAGCAUACAAGUCUGAGCUAUUUUCCAAAACUUCUCCGCUUCCAGUUAUUAAUUUUCACGGGGAUUACAUUUUAGUGCUGCUGAUCCUGAAUUCAGUGGUGUUAAAUAGCUCCCCAUGAAUUCAUGUUACAAACAUAGGAACAGGAGUAGGUUAUUCAGCCCCUCAAGCCUGUUCCACCAU